UUGCUUGAACUGAUACUACAAACGUUUACCCUGACUUUGAUGUAAGUCUGAAUUCGUUGACAGCUUCAUAGCGCUUAGUGGCUCCUUUUCUACUUGGUUUGUGGUAAUCAGUUUCAGUUCGUUAGAAUAGGACGACAAGUAUCGGUGCAUAGGUUAAUAGGGACAAUACACAAGUUAUCGGUUCGUCGUUGCGUGAAGAAAUUUAAUAAAAAUGCGAGGUUUUACGUACUUGAAUUUCGACGCUUCUGGCGCUGAUACUUCAAUAAAUAUGAGGACUAAAUGUGUGCGUUAUAACAACCAAUUUUGAUCUUUACUUUUCAAGUUCAAACUCCAAGUACACGACACUCUCUCCCACCGUUUAAGAGUUGUAAGAGAAUUUAGCACAAAUUGCAUUACAAAUACCUGAGUUUCCUAAUUUUGAAAUUCUUGAGUAAUUGUUCAGUCUGUAUGGGAUGGCAACAGCCUUAAAAAAAAAUCACUCCCGUCGAAGGCUCGCUGCUUUAACGUUUCUUUCUAAUAUAUCCCUCGAUGGAAGUCACAGGGAUACAAAGCUCGCUAUUCUUGCUCGAAAUGCCGUCUUCCAUCGCAGAACCUUGAGUGACACUCGUCAUGUGAAUGGAGAUGCUGUGGUGCGUGCUGACGCCGAACCAUCAUUGGAUGAGGGUACUGACGGCUUGGUUAUAGAGCCUUCAGUCGUUCCUAAAUGUGUAAAACCAGUCUCAUCUUCUCCUCCAGUCCGUAAAGUACUUGAGCAACAUUCAUUCAGCUCAGAUUCUGAGGGUCCUUUAACUCCAGCAAAAGUCGUAGCUACAGCUACUGCAGUCUUUGUCGAUCAGGAGCGGUCAAACCUCCAACAUAUGCCACCUGGUACUCAUGGUCCUUUCAGAGAUCGGACUGGGACAGCAGGCAGUGAAUAUUCACUGCCUGAAAGGCGAGUUGGAUCCUUGCAACAUAAGAAAAGAAUUAUUCAUCAGACUUCGACGCUCUCGGAAGAUAUCAAGCACCAUCAUAACAGCAGCAAUGAAAGCAUUGGCUCUCUCCGUUCAAAGUCACAAUCAUCUAGACCAAAAUCAAAAGCACUUAACAAUAUAUUAUCAAACUGUUCAAAUACCAACAUUAUCCCUGAGGUGACCAAAGAGUUACGUAUGAUGCAACGUCCAUUCAUUGGUCACAAAUUUGGCAACGAUAGGCUGGUUCUGGUAUCUGCCAAGAGAGUUCCGUUCCUCGUAUUCUCUUCUCUUCCUUAUAAUAAAGGACCACGCUCUGGGUGGUCCGAACUUCGUAAAGAUACUGGACGUAGAAGGAACACUUCUGGACCGCGACCACUGUCUGCCAUCAAUGAUAAUUUGGAUCCUUUUGGUUUACUGGGUAUAGAACGUGGUAAAGAUGGCCAGGAGAUAUCAUACGGACAACUUCUGGUACCAUCGAGACAAUUUUCAAAGGAUCGAAAGGGAUAUGGAAAUGAUAACGAAGCUAUGGACAUGAUGCAUGCAAUUCCAGCUAAGCAUAUCGUAGCAGCAAGGACAAAAACUAUAACUUGGAACAUGGACUAUAAUAAAUGGUGCUUGUCAUAUGAUGCGGCUGCUCAUCGAGCUCCUCACGUUAUUCCUGGAUCCCCACCAUUGUCAUAUAAUGCAGAUGUUAAAGCAUACGAGUGGGAGGAUCAUACACCAAUGCAAUAUAAUCCAAACUUGCUAGAUGAUCCUGAAUUGAUUGCUGGAAAACAUCGCACGCUACUUACAUUUACGUCAUACAUGACGUCUGUUAUCGAUUACGUGAGGCCGUCUGAUCUCAAAAAGGAACUCAACGACAAAUUUAAAGAAAAGUUUCCGCAUAUACAACUCACUUUGAGUAAACUUAGAAGUUUGAAACGAGAGAUGCGGAAGAUAUGCAAACUUGAAUAUGGCAUGGAUCUUUUGACAGUGGCUACAGCGUACGUUUACUUUGAAAAACUAAUCCUCCGAAACGUCGUUACAAAACAAACGAGAAAACUUUGCGCUGGAGCAUGUUUAUUGCUCGCAGCAAAACUGAACGACGUCAAAGGUGACGUGCUGAAGUCACUCAUCGAGAGGACCGAAAGUAUCUUUCGUUUAAACCGCAAAGAGCUGAUAACUUCGGAGUUUGCUGUUCUCGUGGCAUUAGAAUUCGGAUUACAUUUGCCAACCUGGGAAGUUUUUCCACAUUAUCAACGCCUCAUGUAUGAGUCUUGACCUUCUCCUAUACCGUUGCUAUUGAUAAAUCGGUCAAGAACAUUCUCUUCUUAGUAUUGAGAAAAAGCUAUAAAUAAAAUGCAUUUGUAGAGUUUAUAAAAAAUUUAUGAACAAUCGAAAGAAACAAAAUACCAGAUCCUCGACCAGGUCAGACUUUCAGAUUAUCUAUAAAAAUAAUAUUUGGUCAAAACAUCAUUGCGCCGGGUGCUAAAUAGGUACAACCUUGCUUUGCAUAACUAAAUUAUCUGUUGCAUAUCAGCUGAUGUGAUUAUUAGGCGCAAUUGGAAGAUUGAUUUACUUAACUGGCACUUUUUUCACCAACUUGUCUAUUCUCUGAACAUUUUUUUUUCAACUUUUGAAUAUUCAGAUUAUUGUACUAUCAUUGUUAUUAUUAUUUUUAUGAUGAACGUACCUGCGUACGAAUGUACAAUGGGUAUAGUGGACCGACAUGUUAUACCACCGUGAAAAAAAAAGAGACAUCAAAAUGCAUGUAAGAUGCAAGCGUACUUUUAAUGUCUAUGACGAGGAAUAUGCUCUUUUAGUCAAUAACUUUAUACUCAAUAUACUACGUAGCUUAAUAACUAGAUAUUUCGAAAUUGAAUAGUUUUAUAAAAAAAAAAUAUCUACUGUUUAUUAGAUAUUAUAUUUGUAAGAAAUUUUAAUGUUGAAAAUUGUUGUUGAGAUUUCACUAAGUCAAAAAAAUGUCAACAGAUUGUUCCAGCUUAUCAUUUGGUGCACUGGAUUUAUUUUUACAUAAAUUAAUUCGUUGCACAGAAAAUGAUUUAGAGUUAGUGAAUUUGUGUGGUAAAGUCAUUGUAUGUUCGUACUUAACAAUGAAGGAGAUUGCUCUGAUUUGUGAUAUUGAUUCUGAUAAACACCUUUUGAACCAUAAUUCUGAAUGUGGUUUUGCUUAACAGUUUGUUCGUUUCGAAGUUAUAACAAUACAGAUAUAUAUUCGCUAAAUAUGCUAUUUUGUAUGAUGGGGAAAUACUUUUAAUCACCAGUGCCAUAUACAUAGGUAAACUCAUGUAUAUUUUUAUUGGGUUAUGUUAUUAGGUAUUUGUUUCGAAAUCGGAUUCACAAAUUAUAUUCACACGAAAUUAAUGCGUAUUAUACUUGAAGAAAUGCAUUCUAGUCUGUUGAUCGUAAAUAUAUUUUUUUUCGUUCAAAAUUUUUAUUGUAGCAAUGUUGACAAUUGAUAUUCUGGAUCGAUAGCAUGGUACUUAUAGUUUACGUACUUUAUUAUUCGCUUAUAUACUGGAUAUCUAUUAUAUUUGAGAACAUACAUUUUGUGGAAUAACAUAUGUACUUACGUGAAUAAAUUUCAUGUAAAAAGAGA